AUGACAAUCGCGGUCCUGGCGACCACCACGACCAAAACAAAGCGUCGCGAACCGCUGGGGACGAUCACAAUGGCCGCCCCGAAGACACAAUCGCGCUCUGCGACGUCCGGCGGAACUGCAAAAAGCACCGCACGGCGCACGACGCGACUUAGCGCAAGUCAACAAGGCCUAGAGGAGAUUACACAUAAACGGAAGCCUGAUUACGAGCAGGAUGAGGACGGAUUCCAAUUCUCUCGAGUUCCGUCUAAGAAGUCUAGGCCAUCAAUUGAGGCAAUUCCUGAAAAUCCCGGAUCCGACGUGGAAAAUGCGCAUAAGCCGACGCCGAAGAGAGGACGGCCGAAAAAGAAAACAGUCAACGAUGCGGCUUCGAACUCAAUCCCAGAGAAUGGAACCCCCGUGGAACUGCCUACCAGGAGACCAACGAGGGGAAACGACAGACAUACAGAACCGGAAGUAAAGGCGAAACCUGGCCGCCCACGAGCCCGCGGUAGCUCGGAGGGGUUGCCCGAAGCAAAGAAGUCGAGGAAAGGAAGGCCCCCAAAGACCAAAAUAACUGAAUCUAAUGGAUAUAAUUCGCCCGAGCAACCACCAGUGGGAACGAAGGUUGCUCUUCCCAUGGCCGAUACACCUGUGAUACAGCGCAACAAGGAGUUGAGAGGUGGAAAAGGCGAUAAAGGGAAGCGGCGAAGCAGUUUAAGCAUGCGAGGGCGAAGAGCCAGUUCUUUGAUUGACUCAGGGGCUUCGAAUGCGUUGCCUCACCGAGAGGUUGGCACUGCAGAUUUCUUCAAGCAUAUUGCCGAUGACGGUCUUCCCGAGCCGCGGAGGAUGCGCCAACUCUUGAUCUGGUGUGCCACCCGUGCGAUAGGGGAUAAGCCAAAAGGAGGCUCAGACCCGGAUGAACAAAGUGCACGCUUGGCGGCACGUCAAAUCCAAGAAGAAAUCCUCCGGGAAUUCUCGAAUAAUCCAGAUCUUUCGAAUUGGUUCAGCCGCGAAGAUCUCAACCCUCCAGCUGUGGUUGUGAAGAAACCGAACCCGCGAAACAUACAGAACACGGACAAGAUUAAGGAAUUGGAAGAGCAUAUACAGAAACUACAAAAAGAGAGGCAGUCUCUUAAUGCACUUCUGCGACAACCAGCAAUUCCAAGCCUCAAACCAGAUGCACAGCACGACCAACAAACGACGAAACCAUCGCGUAAGCCACAACGCGAUGAAGUCGACUCCUCCCUCCUCGACCCCUCCCAACAAACCAUUCUCAACUCUCUCAACCCGCCCACUGAGCCCUCAGAAGGAGAGUCUUCUACAUCUAUCCGACCACCAAUGACACCAUCUGCCGUCUCAGGCCAAUUAUCAAGAAUUACAGCCACUCUAGCACCAACACUGGAUGCAUUUGCAGCUGGAGUACAUGACAUCGAACUCUACCGCGCCUCCGCAGAUACGGUUUCAUCGCGAAUACUCCGCAUCUGCGCACAACGUCUCGAAGAGCGUGAUGCUCAGAAUACUCAACGCCGUCACGCAAUCGAAGGCACGGAAGACUCGAGCCCGCCGCCAGUCAAGGAAGAUCUGGGUCUUAUCUUAGGCGCACUCAGUCGGGUGGAGAGAAGAUAG